GGAGAAAGCUGCUCAUGAACUCGGAACAGCGCAUCAACCGCAUCAUGGGCUUCCACAGGCCCGGGAGCGGCGCAGAAGAAGAAAGUCAGACAAAAUCAAAGCAGCAGGACAGUGAUAAACUGAACUCCCUCAAUGUUCCUUCAGUUUCAAAGCGAGUGGUGCUGGGUGAUGCAGUCAGUGCAGGAACAAGCGACCAGCAGGGUGGUGUGGCUGAAGUACAGGGGACCCAGCUGGGAGACAAACUGGACUCUUUCAUUAAACCACCCGAGUGCGGUAAUGAGGUGAACCUGGAGCUCCGGCAGCGGAACAGAGGGGACCUGACAGCAGACACUGUCCAGAGGGGUUCUCGCCACGGCCUGGAACAGUACCUCUCCAGAUUUGAAGAAGCAAUGAAGCUAAGGAAACAGCUGAUUAGUGAAAAACCUAGUCAAGAAGAUGGAAGUUCAACAGAAGAAUUUGACUCUUUCCGAAUAUUUAGAUUGGUGGGAUGUGCUCUUCUUGCUCUUGGAGUGAGAGCUUUUGUUUGCAAAUACUUGUCCAUAUUUGCUCCAUUUCUUACUUUACAACUCGCGUACAUGGGACUAUACAAAUAUUUUCCCAAGGGUGAGAAGAAGGUAAAGACAACAGUACUCACAGCUGCACUUCUGUUAUCUGGAAUUCCUGCGGAAGUGAUAAAUCGGUCAAUGGAGACCUACAGCAAAAUGGGUGAAGUCUUCACAGAUCUCUGCGUCUACUUUUUCACUUUCAUUUUUUGCCACGAACUGCUUGAAUAUUGGGGCUCUGGCGUACCGUGAAGCCUGCAGAUCUGAAAAGGAAGUUUACAAAAAAAUAAUUCAUCCUCUCUCUCACAGUGUCUCUAAAGGAGGAAAAUUGGUUUACACCUUUAUCUAAUUCUUUUUCUUCAUGGAGGUUGUAAAGCCACUUUAUUAGGAAUGGAGUGAAAGCUUCCCUGAUUUAAAAGCGUUGAGUUUGUACUAGUGCUGUUAUAAACAGUAGGGUACUAUAGUCAUUCAUUGAUUUUUCUUGUUUUACCAAAACCCUGAGUCUACAUCCCCUAGCUUCUCAAAUAUGUAAUUUGGGGGGAGGGGGUGUCUGAGCUAGAGUUUUUAGGAGAGCAGAUGAAAAUGGUCUUGACCAACCCUAAGGAAAGCUUCUUGUAUUUGUACCAUUUUGUCCUGAGCAAUGAAGCCAUCUUAAAAAUAAAAUGAAAGAAACUGAAUUGUCUAUUAAAUUUGUACAUUUUAACUUAAGGGCUGAAUAAGUUAGGCAACCUUACCUUUUCUUUUGAGUUAGUGUCUUUUUUUUUUAACUCCAGCAUAAAUAUUUAAUGGAAGAAAUUAUUAAGAUUCACAAAUACGAAAUUAGAAGGUAUUUGUAAAAUUUUUCUUUGCUGUAUACCAAACUCAGAAUUAGAAAUUUUCAAAGAAAAAGAAAGAAUUGGAAAUUUUCACUUUGGAGUUUUGUUGUUAAGAGUGUGUUUUCUAAAGCAAACUAGAACAGAAUGAUUAGAUGUAAAAAUGGGACCUGAAGAAUUGAAGCAUGUAACCCAGUAGCAUAAAUAUCCUUUUAACUAAUGUAACAGUGUCAUAUUUGGAAGAUUUGUCUCCUUAAAAGAGUAAAAACCUUACAUGUAAUA